GAAGGGGAGUACGAUGCGACGUUGCGCGGUGCUGCCAAGAACUGCCCAUCCACGGCGCCGGAUGAGCUCCUAAGCUAUGGAUCCGUGGCGGACGUCGUGACCAAAAUCAAGGACCAGCUGCGGAUCGACUAUCCGCCUGCCGGAGCCGUGGCGUCCUUGAGCAUGAUGAUGUCGUCAGGCAGUGGUGACGGCUCGGCAGGCGACGGAAAGCCCGACGAACCCAUGGACGCGGCCUCCGAGCUUCGAGACCGAAUCCGCAAGGUGGCCACUGCCAAGGUGGCGAAGAUGUUCCAAGUUUUUAGCCCGAAGCCCAACGAGCUGUCCGCCAGCAGCAUUGCCACAGUCUUGAGUGAUGCGGUGGCUGCGAAAGUGGAUCUCCAGGCCGACGAAUGCGGCAUCGUGGUGAUCAACCCGAAGAUGUGGACCGAAACGAAAGCCAGACCGGACGCCAGCUUUGCACCACUGAGCGACAAGCCCUUCAAGCCCUUGGAUGUGGCGAAGGAGAUGAUGAGCAGACCGUUCUGGAACAACCGGUGGGUCCGGAGCAGCAUUAUAGUCGUCCUUGUUUGUGCUUCCGAAUCUGUGGCUGUCUCCGAGGUGUUUGUUUUCUUCGAUGGGCGCAGCCGGGAGACGCGAUCGCGCAUUCGCUGCCAGUUCCCCACUGAGAAGACAGGACAAGGACACUUCCCGAACACGAAGGAGCUUGCGUGUCUGAUACCUGUCCGUGCCAUGGACUCCGAAAAUUGUAACACCGUGUAA